CUCUUCGGCCGCGCAGAGUCUUGCAAGCAUGGAGCUCCACGGCAAGCCGGCGUCUGGUCUCAGUGGGUCCUCGUCUUCUCGGGACUGCUCGCAGGUCACCGUGUCCAAGGAGCUGCUGACGGCUGGGAACCAGGGUUCCGGAGGGAUCUGGGACCAGUUGCUCAUCAGCUCUAAGCCACAUUCCAGAAAGACCUCCAAGCUUCAAACAGUUCGGAUGCAAAGGAGCCCUUUGUUAGACCAAGUUCAGGCCUUUCUCCCACGAAUGGCCCAGGCAAAUGAAAAGCUACGAAAGGAAAUGGCAGUUGCUCCAGCUGGUCGUUUCAAUAUUGAAAAUAUUGAUGAGACAUCCGCGAACAUCAUACAGAUGGACGUGGCCUUAUUUGAGAUGAAUGGGUCAGAUUCCAAAGAAGAGGACAGUCCAGACGAGAGCUCGCAGGACAGUUCUGGAGACAGUACGGAGUCUGAAGACGAGGAUGAAGGCGUCCCCUCUGAAGUCACCAUAGAGAACAUGAAGCUACCGAACGCAGAAGGCGGCAGAGGCAAGAUUGAAGUCCUGGACAGUCCGGCAAGUAAAAAAAAGAAGCAGUGA